GGGACAGUGGACGGGGCUGCUGCUGGGAGCGGAGCCGGCCACGCGCAGGGCGAGAAGGGCGCUCGGGGUGGACGCUCCCGUGCUGGCCUCGGGAGUCGUGAGUGGGUGAAGGACCUGAGGUCCAGAAGUGAAAUUAUACGCCUCAAGUCUUCCAACUAGUCAGUGUGCAGAACCAGAAUUCGAACUCAGGUCAACUGCCUCCAAAUCCCAAUUCUACUAUUUAUUCCUGUGUGACUUUGGGUGAGGAAGUUGAGGUCCAGAGUCAUUUAUUCAGCUGAUUGACUCCUAGUCCCCCACAGAGCUGCUGGUCAGGAUGGACGAAGAAAUCCUGCCCAAUUCGCAUGUGCUCAUCAGUGGCAGUAAAUCCAUUCUCAAGUCCGAACUAUUAUCUCUGCUAAAAACGUACAAUUGUUAUCAUGAAGGAAGAAACUUCCAGCUGAGACAUCGAGAGGAAGAAGGAGAACUGAUCAUCGAAGGGCUACUCAACAUAUCCUGGGGAUUGAGGCGACCCAUUCGACUCCAGAUGCAGGAUGAUAAUGAAAGAAUCCACCUCUCUACAGCCCCAUGGAAGAAAGACCUGCCUAGUAUAAGCCAAAAGGGACUUCACCAGGGUGCCAGAGAGACCAUCGAGGAGUCAAACCCUCAUACCACGGUGACCUCAGAAAGCCAUGGCACUGACUCAACAGAUUCUGUAAAUGGUGAAGAGGAGACACCACAGCUCAUGCGGACAAAAAGUGAUGCAAGUUGCAUGAUUCAGCGAAGAUCAAAGUGCCGCACACUGGGAGAAGCUCAGAAGAUAAAGCGGCAUAGAUUCUCAAUCAAUGGGCAUUUCUAUAACCACAAGACUUCAGUGUUUACUCCUGCCUACGGAUCCGUGACCAAUGUGAGAGUCAACAGCACCAUGACAACUGUCCAAGUGCUGACGCUGCUUCUGAACAAGUUUAGGGUUGAAAAUGGCCCCAGCGAGUUUGCCCUCUAUGUAGUUCAUGAAUCAGGGGAACGGACAAAACUGAAAGACUGUGAAUAUCCACUGAUUUCAAGAAUCCUGCAUGGGCCGUGUGAGAAAAUCGCCAAAAUAUUUCUGAUGGAAACGGACUUAGGAGAAGAAGUUCCCUAUGAUGUCGCUCAGUACAUUAAGUUUGAAAUGCCGGUGCUGGACAGUUUUGUUGAAAAAUUAAAAGAAGAGGAGGAAAGAGAAAUAAUCAAACUGACUCUGAAGUUCCGCACUCUCCGCCUGAUGAUGAUGCAGCGCCUGGAGCAGCUGACAGAGCCAGAAGAGUUGGCGUAGCUUCCAGUUUCCAGGACGACCAGAGAUAGCAAAGUCGGGAUGGAGAAAAGUCUACCGGAUACAACCACCUGAAGCCAAUCGGCUGCAAUCUUUGAUACUCACCCUCUAAUUGCCACUUAAACCAACUCCCCAGAACAACUUGGGGCUGAACACACUGUUUGUCUGUAUGGCACUAACACCUUGUCUCUUGCUAUUAACCACAUCUCUGAAGUCUCUGAAGUUGUUCCCUCAUCACUGUGGAGACUGGACCAGACCUUAGGGGAAAAGGAACUUUCAGAUGAGGUACCUACAGCUGACAUCUUUCUUUGGCAGAGUUUGGCACCACCCCUUUUAUUGCCUAGUAGUGAGGAUUAGGAGUAGGAUAUGUGGCAUGCGUAGGGAGGAGCGAUAGCAGUUGUAUGAGCCUCUAGCUUCCAUCCUUGCUGCCUGCAUGGUGGCUGGUCCCUGAGCAGCUGGUGUGUAAGGUCAGCCCAUCUGUCCUUUGCCUUGGAUAAUGUCUCUGAAUAACCUCUCCCCACUGCUCCUUUUGUCACCAGAAAGGGGUGGGGUGUACAUCACACGAUUUGUGCUCUCCUGUCACCUCUGUAUCAUGAAUUCACAAUAACUCACACAGUGUGGGUGUGCUGCCAUGCUGUAAUAACACCAGCCUUGCUAGUGGUCGACAAGGGUCAAUGUUGAAAUAACAGCUAUUUGUAACAAUGACUUGGCCUUGGGUACUAGGCUGUCAUGAAUCUCAGCAAUACAAACCUGAAAGUCAAAGUCACUUAUAUUCUCCUCCCCACUACCCCCUCCAGAAAAAAAAAAGUCAAUCAUACAAAUACUCAUACCAGUCCUGGCUCUUUAAGAAAGCAAUGAAAUUUGUGGACCGUGUACCAGGUAACUCAUGAUGGGAACAUAUCCAACUUGUUUUGGCCACUCUUAAAGGGGUAUUGCCACUCUACAGUAGCAUGGGUGGAGGUCCAAGGGAGGGACUAGUUUACACAAUAUGCCCAGAUAACCCUAAGACAAAAUACUAAAUGAGAAGGUAUCAGAGAAGGGCAAAACAAAAGUGCUUUGUGUAACCCGAGUCAAAGAAGGUGAUGCCAGGGCACAUAACUAUGAUUUCUACCUCUGAAACAGUCAGUAUAAUGCUUGUUGAUUCCUUCAAAGUGACACUGAAGCCAUGAAUGCUUGCACUGGGAGAAAAGGGCUUCGAGUUCCCGGGAGACGCAAUGGUGAAGAAAUCUUGUAUUUUUCUACUAAGGAAAAAUUCCAGUAAUGAAGUGGCCUUUGCAGAAAUAUGCAGUUGCAGGAAACAGCCUCUGGAAAUGCUUGGUCAAAACAGAACCAAACCUAUAGCCUACUUUCUCCUUUGGGACCACUAUCUUGUGACUGGCUCCCCAACCAUCUUCUAACCCUUUCCCCUAAUAAGUGUAUGACAAACUUGGAGCAAAUAGAUUUUGGAGAGGUCCAAAGGCAACAAGGAUUGAUUAAGCACUUUGUUAUUGUGAUUGUCUUCUUUGCACAGAAAAGUCACAUUCCUGGGAGCAUGGGUCAAGAUCAGCUGAAAGUCACUGAUCCUGGCAAUGACUUCAGGGGGUUUAGGGGAAAUCUGUGUGUGCUUUUUUUUUUUUUUAAACCAGAUCUGUGAUUUCAUCACUGUGGUAAAUUCCCUCUUCUAAGGCAGAUAAGUACCUGAUCUGAUGGUUAUAAUUCAAGGGAAUUAGUUGCCUGGGCCAGGCCACUGAGACAUUAAUUUACUUAUCUAGGCUCCCACAGACAAUAUAUGUUAGUGUCAGGACUGGAACUCAGCUCUUCUUGAUCCUGGGGCCAGCUCACCACCUAUAAUGUGUCAUUGCCUCUGUGCAUACACUUCGAAUGCAAAAAUUCUAUUCCCAUGUCUUUGUCCUUGUGCCCUCUGUAGAGUGCUUCUGGUUAUGUUGAACUAGUAAAAAUCAAAAAUGUUCAUUUUAAGAUUUUCCAGAAACCUCUUCUGAUGUCACUCUAUGCUGGCUGUUAAUGAGAUCUAGGCAUUAUCCUGAGAAAACUUUUUAUUAACAAGAGACUCAAGGAGUCUCUCAGUGAAUAUGGAGGAAUGAUAGCUAAGAGAGCACGCUUUUGAAAAUUGUUGUUUGCUUGUGCAUGUUGCCCUGUUCCUUGGACUUUCAGGUCUUAUCCCUUAGUAUGGAUGUUGAACAAUGUUUGGCAGCUAAGUCUGUUUCUGCUUCCUAUUAAAGACAAAAUACAGUCUCUUUGAAUUCCCAUGUACAUUACCAUCAGCGGGACUGAAUCUAUAGGCCUUAUUUGAGAGAGAUUGGAGAGAAGAUAUCUGGAAUUAACCUUGGUUUGUAGAGUAAGCAAAUGCUCUGUGAAAUUCCAAAUAUUGGAACCUAUUCCUCUAAUUUUUUUCUCUCUUCUUUUCCUACAACUGUAUGCAGUCCAUUCAUUCAAAAUUCUAGAAAAAUUAGCCAAGAAGCCAAAAGAGAAAGCCGUUUUCUUCCUCUGCAAGUUUGAGUUUUUAAAUAUAGCUGUUUAUGACACACAUACAAAUAAAGCUUCAAUAUUUUUCUAAAA